GCUGCCUUGACCAUUCAGGAUAGCCACAUUGAGAUCCACAAGCUGGUUCUCCAGCAACAGGAGAUCCUGUCACCCGGGCACCCUCUCCGAGGCAGCCCCCUUCAGGACCAGGACAAGUCCCGCAGCCUGGAGAAGCAGCGGGAGGAGCUGGCCGACAUCCACAAGCUGCAGCACCAGUUUCAGCAGGAACAGCGGCGCUGGCACCGCAGGUGCGACCAGCAGCAGCGGGAGCAGGAGGCCAAGGAGAGCUGGCUGCAGGAGCGGGAGCGGGAGUGCCAGUCGCAGGAGGAGCUGCUGCUGCAGAACCAGAGCGAGCUGGACCACCAGCUGCAGGAGUACCAGCAAAACCUGGAGCGGCUGCGGGAGGGCCAGCGCAGGGUGGAGAGGGAGCGGGAGAGGAUGCGGGCCCAGCAGAGCCUGCUGUGCCGCUGGAAGCACAGCCGCCAGAGGAGCCUCCCCGCAGCCUUCCCUCCAGGAAGCAAGGAGAUAAUGGAACUUAAUCGAUCUGAGAGUUUAUGUCAUGAAAAUUCAUUCUUCAUCAAUGAAGCUUUAGUACAAAUGUCACUUAACACCUUCAACACACCGAAUCCAUCAGGUAUCCAUCAGGAUGAUACUUACACUCCAAAUGUAUCUAAUUCUGAUUUGGUAAGGACGAGUGAAAAUCAUGUACACUUCAAGAUGGACGUUUCUCAGCCCCCAGAUGUCAACCAUGAACUGUGGACA